AUGACUCAACCAUUCGGGGGUUACCAUCCCAACUUCUUCUAUGAAAACAGCUCUUCAUGCCGAGAAAUUGCAAAGAGCCUAGAUUCUUUCCAUAAAAGAGGAAUGAAGCGUUCGGAUACGUAUCGUGAUAUGGUACACGCAGUCUUCCAACUAGGCGAAAUGGACGUCUACGUCCGUGAUCAACUCAAACAUGGCUCACAACCAAUAUCUCGCAGAGCCUUCGAGGCCGUAGCCGGCAAGAUACCGAAAGAGGAGCACCCGGACGUUACCACGAGAUUGGCCAUCAGUUCAUUUAUUGGGGUCAUUCGCAAAGUUCUUCGAUUCAGUACGUCAGAGAUCCCUGUGGGGGCUACAGGACGCCAUGAGACCAAAGACGACAUGGACAUUGCACUCAAACGUGAACCUAACGGUUUCAGCUUCCCAGAUCCUGAAGCAGUGGAUGUAUUGAAGGCUUCGACCAUAGACGUGAUUAGCUGUAUCUGUCAAGAGAUUCGAGAACACUAUGUACUUUUCUGA